AUGAGCGCUAAUUCGUACGUUAUUCCUCCCGAUUCUCUGCCUAUGCUGGCCUCCGGAAUCUGCGGAGUCUGCGUCCUUCUCACAGUCGUCGUCGUCAUUUUGACUGUUUAUUUGAGUAAGAGACAAGUUUGCAAACCGGCGGGUCAGUUGAUUUCAGAAAAAAGGACGAGAGAAAAGAGAGAAAUUUCAGAUAAGACGGCUCUGGAGAAAUUGAAUUCGAUUCAGGGAAGGCGAACGAUCAGAGAAGAUGAGGACGAGGUUCAUGGAAGGGAAAAGAAGCCGUCGAAGAAGAUAAAGACGAAGAAAGACGUCUGA